AUGACCAGCACCCAUCUUUUGCUCCUCGGGUUAAUCGCCCAGUCUAUCGUCGUUCGCGCGACAGACGACAAAUUCUACAAACCGUCCCUGGAUUUCCGCCCAAAUAAUAUUACAGGCCUCUGGUACCCGCUAUACGACUGGGUGGGAUCUUACUACAAUUCCACCUUUGAAUUUGAGCUCACCCCUACGGCUUUCAGCUCCACCAAUAGCUCUUUCUGCUCGGGGCUGCGGAACCAGACCCUGAGCGCCAAGCGCCCCUCCAAUCUAGCCAUCACCGAGACGAGCAUCUGGAAUAAAUAUCCCCAGAACCCUGUCAACCUGUUUCUGACCGUGUGGCCAACCGACUAUGAUUUCUGGGCUCAAUCACUGGACUCCGACUUAACCCAACUUCCGGACUAUGCCAUCCUUUCUUCCAACCCAGUAUACUCCCAGGUUUGGUCCGUAACCGAGGACAACAACUUCAAUCUUGACAUAACCACCGUCGAUGCCUCUACCAGCACUUAUCGCAUCUCUGCCAAUUACACCUACGACCUUCUGAGCAGUGUCUCCCUCAACCUUGGAUCUUGCGACCUCGCCGAAUAUAGCGACACGUGGAUCGUCUAUCUACUCAACCAAAACCAGAUCGUCCCUGACUGGUUUAACUGGACCUAUCCCACGAUCGAUGUGCGAUUCGAUAACAGCACUGCCAAUUUGACCAUCGAGGGGCAAUUCGGCGCGACUGCUUACGACACCCAGGGUAAUCAAACAUCAACAUGGAUGGCAGGCUCGAUUAAGAUGGUGUUCCGCGGGGUGGUGGACAACGCGAGGUCGGAUGUCUUGGUCCAAGGAGAAGAUCAACCUACGUGGUUGAGAACGCUUGGCUUUGGUAAUAAUUCUUUGAACUUGGAUGAUUCAAGCAGUGCAGGGGUCAUGACGAGGCCGUGGGAUAAGCCGAUGGCUGUUUCAGCCGUUUUGCUUUCGGCGAUGUUUCUAUAUGUAUAA